AAGAAGAGGCCGAAAAACACAUUCACAGAUUGUGGAGCAACAAGCAUAGGAGGGAAGUUUCCAUGAAACCAGUUUUGACCAUUGCUCUCUCACUCCUCUCUUGUUUAUAUUGAUUUUCUUCAAACGUUAAAUUCCUAUUCACAUACUCUUCUUGAUCCACAAACACCCCCUUUUUCAUUUCUUAAAAUCACCCCUUUCAAGAACCUCAGGGUUUAUUACCCCCUUUUACCUUAAAGUUUGAAAACCAAAUUGGGUUUUUGGAGAUCUGAGAUUUUGAAUUUUUUGAGAUUCGAAGGAACUUAUCAAAGUUGGAUCUUGAUUGCUGUUUGACUAGUGCCUAGUGGCAAUCUUGAGACCCUUUUGGGUGGAGAUCAGCACAGUAAAAAUUGGUGCUUUAUCUGUGAAAGUUGAGAUUUGUAUGCUGAUUUGGUGGGGAAAGGUAAAAUUUUGAGACCCAUUUAGUUGAAGAUAAGUUUGAAGCUUUACCUUUGAGAAUUGAAGCUUUUUGUUGUAUUAGUUUGGUGAAAAAGUUAUCAUCUUGAGACCUUUUUGACUGGAAAUUUUGAAGAUCUUGGCUUUUGAAGAAGUUGUUGUAUUAGUUUGGUGGGAAAGUUAGGAUCUUGAGACCCCUUUGGCUGAAAUUUUUAAAGAAGAAGUUGGGUUUUGAAGAUCCGUCUCAUGGGUAAUUGUUGUGCAGCACCAAAAACUUCAGAUACAGAGAGGAAGAAAAGGGGAAAAAAUAAGCCAAAUCCAUUUUCUGUUGAUUAUGCCCAUGGGAAUGGUGGAUACAAGUCCUAUGUGUUAGACAAUCCAACUGGAGCUGAUAUUGAGGCAACAUAUGAAUUAGGUCGUGAGCUUGGCAGAGGUGAAUUUGGGGUUACAUAUUUGUGUACUGACAAAGCAAAUGGAGAAGUGUAUGCUUGUAAAUCAAUAUCCAAGAAGAAACUCAGGACUCGAGUGGAUAUCGAGGAUGUAAGGAGAGAAGUUGAGAUCAUGAAGCAUUUGCCUAAGCAUCCUAAUAUUGUUACUUUAAAGGAUACUUAUGAGGAUAAUGAUGCAGUCCAUAUAGUUAUGGAGUUGUGUGAGGGUGGUGAACUGUUUGAUCGGAUCGUUGCAAGGGGGCAUUAUACUGAGAGGGCAGCAGCUGCUGUGACUCGCACAAUUGUUGAAGUGAUUCAGAUGUGCCAUAAGCAUGGGGUCAUGCAUCGUGACCUCAAACCUGAAAACUUCUUGUUUGAAAACAAGAAAGAGACAGCACCAUUGAAGGCAAUUGACUUUGGUCUCUCAGUAUUCUUUAAGCCUGGUGAGAGAUUUAAUGAAAUUGUGGGAAGUCCAUAUUACAUGGCUCCCGAGGUGCUGAAGAGAGACUAUGGUCCAGAAGUAGAUGUAUGGAGUGCUGGAGUAAUUCUCUACAUCUUGCUUUGCGGUGUUCCGCCUUUCUGGGCAGAAACUGAACAAGGUGUUGCUCAAGCGAUCAUUCGUUCUGUUGUGAAUUUCAAAAGGGAUCCUUGGCCUAAGGUCUCUGACAAUGCAAAAGACCUUGUGAAGAAGAUGCUUACCCCUGACCCUAGCAAGAGACUUACUGCUCAAGAAGUUCUAGAUCAUCCGUGGAUACAAAAUGCAAAGAAGGCUCCAAAUGUUUCUUUGGGUGAAACAGUGAAAGCAAGGCUCAAGCAAUUUUCUAUGAUGAACAAGCUAAAGAAAAGAGCUUUAAGGGUGAUUGCUGAGCAUUUGACAGUGGACGAAGUGGCUGGAAUAAAGGAGGGAUUCCAAUUGAUGGAUAUAGGUAACAAAGGGAAGAUUGAUGUUAACGAGUUGAGAGUUGGGUUGCAGAAACUUGGCCAUCAAAUUCCUGAAAGUGAUGUACAUAUUCUUAUGGAUGUUGGUGACGUUGAUAAAGAUGGAUAUUUGGACUAUGGGGAAUUUGUUGCUAUUUCAGUCCACCUAAGAAAGAUGGCAAAUGAUGAGCACCUGAAAAAGGCGUUUGAAUUUUUUGAUAAGAACCAAACUGGCUAUAUAGAGAUUGAGGAGUUGAGGGAGGCCUUAGCUGACGAGAUUGAAACCAACAGCGAAGAAGUUAUCAAUGCUAUUAUGCACGAUGUGGACACAGACAAGGACGGACGGAUAAGUUACGAUGAAUUCUCUACAAUGAUGAAGACUGGCACAGAUUGGAGGAAGGCGUCAAGACAGUAUUCACGAGAACGAUACAAUAGUCUCAGCUUGAAAUUAAUGAAGGAUGGUUCCUUACAAAUGAACAAUGAGACUAGAUAACUUAAGGCAGAGUAUGACAUCUCGAAGAACAGAACUCGCCUUUUGGCUUUCUAAAUUUUUAUAUUCUUUCCUGUUCGACGAUCAUUUUGCCAUUUUUUGUUGUAUGUGUGAUUUCUCCUCUGGGGGUGGAUAAGUAUCAGGUCCCCAACAUUCAUGUGUUCUUUAAGUUGUGAUUAUGUUGUUCUAUAUAUAUAUAUUUUUUUAAUCGACAAUUUGAAGAAAUAUGGUGAAGGAUAGAAAGGUGGUUAUUUUGUUAUUGUAUCUAAUUAAGGAUCAACAUUUUCAACUCGUUCCUUUUUCUUUUUU